AUGAAGUUUGUUUUGGGAAUUCAUCCUAAUGCGCUGGCAUAUUCCAUGACUACGUUAGGUGCUGGAAUGAUGAACAGUAUCUUUAAUUUCUACUACGUUAAGCUUUUCCUAAACCGAUACAAAAUUUCAGAAGUAGCAUUUCAUCAAGCACAGGUUGUAUUUAUGAUAUGGAAUGCCAUUAAUGAUCCUCUUUUUGGGUAUAUUCAAGAUAACUCCAAAUUCGCAUGCUGCUCAAGACGCCAGUUUUCAAUUUUAUAUGGAGCUCCUUUAUAUGCGUUAGCCUUUUUGCUUCCUUGGUUUCCUUGGAAACAUUAUGAAGAAGGUGACUGGCUAAGUGGUCUUCACCUCAUUGUUGCAUUAUGUGCUUUUGAUGGUUUGCUUACAUUCGUGCUUCUAGCACAGUGUGCGCUCUUUGCAGAAAUUUCAACAAGACAUGAAAGCAGGCUUCAGCUUAUUAAAUAUAACCAAGUAGCAACAUUAAUCGGAUCAACAAGCAUUCUCUUUUGUGGUCUCAUAUCAGAUAAUAUGGAAAAUUUUGCGUAUUUUCAGGCUUUUGCUGUUUUGGUCGCAGCAUUAGCAACAGCUUGUAUGUGUUACACAGGCAAAUACAGUACUAGUCAAUAUGAGCAGAGAGAAAUUUGUACGGAGAACGCUAAUCUGGAAAACAGUGAUGGAGCUCUCUCCUGGUCCUCUGUAAUUUCAUUGACCAAGCAGAUUAUGACAGAGAAAAACUUCUUAUUUUUUGUAACUAUGAACUUCUUCCAAGUCUUCCACCUAGCCUUCUGCAACAAUUUUAUGAUGAUCUUUGCGGAUAAUCUUAUUCCUAAGGAUGUCCUUUCUUCCUCAAUAAGAAGUAUCAUGUAUGGAGCAGGCUUUAUUUGUCCUCAGUGCCUUGUUCUUCUCAGUCAUACUUCGUUGAAGAAGUUUGGUUAUUACAGAAUCAUCUUGUUUUCCUUUUACUUUGAAGGAGUAGCUGCUGCUGUCAUGUUUGUUCUAGGGUCAGAGCACUAUUAUCUGUUGGCAUUUUAUCUCACAACAAACAUGGUAAUUGUACAAGCUUCAUUUAGUUUGUUCAAUUUGCCUUUGGCAGAUAUUGUUGAUGCAGAUCUAAUAAAGCACAAGCGGAGAUCACCACUUUCCUCUAUGGUUUUUGGUACCAAUGCUUUAUUUACGAAGCCUGCCCAAUCUUUGGCUCCAAUGCUUGUGGUUACAAUACUAAAUCAAUUUGGAUAUGAGAACCUGAAUGAUGAAGUUGCUCAACCUGAUCCAAGUUUGUUUUUAGGUCUUCAUGAUGCCAUGUUCUAUUUGAUCUGUCUGGUUCCACUUUGCAUUGCAGUCAUACAGAUCCUGACGUGGACUCCCUUUUCAAUCCAGAAUAGUCAUAUGACAGCUGUACGCUAA